AUGGAACGGUACUGGUGCGGUUUGGAAAGAGGCUACAGUCAGUUUCUAGCUGAUUCUUCAAUGUCGACUAAUCCAUUUCCUGUAGACUUUGGAAUUUUUAAAUUUCAUGGAACUAACUCUAAAAGUUGUUUAAAUGUUGAGACAACACGUUCGUUCAAUAAGUUACCGUAUUACUUCAAACUGGUUCAAUAUGAAAUACUGAGGGAAGUUAUGAUAGAUUUAGCCUAUGAAUAUGAACUGAAUUUGUUAACAAGUCGUGAAAGGCAGGCAUAUGAGAUUCUUGCUGCAGUAUGGUCUGAAUGUCAUCUUAUUGAAGGAAUGAGAAAGAUCAAUCUCAUCGACUCAGAAAUAUACAGGGAUAUGAUUGUCAACGAUAUUAUUCCACUGUUGAAUAGAAACAUCGAAAAGAAGUUAGACGACAGGUUGGCAUUGUUCGCAGAUAAUAAUAACCAAGAUGUGUUGAAGUUUGAUAGUCUGACUUCAAUUGACGAGAUCCAAGAAAAGAAGAGGCAGCUUUCUUUGCAACUUAGAAAAUCGCAAGCGCGUUUUACAGAAGCUGUUUGUAGAAUAUACACCUUAUCCUCUCGUCUGUUUCGAGAUUAUCGGUUCGAAUUAUGUCCAAUAUUAAGCCGUCAAGCACGUCUGGUUAUAGAUGAACAAACUCAUGCUUUACUAUUAAAAGCUAAAAAUCUACAAUAUACCCUUCAAGAUACCUCUUCUAAGUCAUCAGCAAAAGUGGAUACUCUACAGAGAACUCACCAAGAACUGGAAGAUUCACGUCGUAAAUUAAAACAAGAAGUGGAAGAAUUGGAUCGACUGGAUAAAGCUUACACGCGUAAAGAUGAAGCCUAUCAUGAAUUAGUGAAACAGUAUAUUGACUGUCAACAACAAUUAUCUUUACGAUCUAAGCUAUACUCGAUCUGGUCACAAAGCAUCGUAUAG